GGUAAUCAAUUAAUGUAUAAUGCUUUAGUUGCUGUAGAAAUUUUAAAUGACCAUGGAGGAAAACUGCUUAAAAUAUUAUUUUGACUUUCUAUCGCAACCCUCAAGAGCUUUGUACAUAUUACUUAAAGAAAGCGGUACCAACUUCGAAGCCAAUCAAGUAGAUCUACUCAAAGCCGAACAUCAUGAUGACGAUUACAGGAAAGUAAAUCGUUUUCAAAAGGUGCCAGCUAUAAUUGACUAUGUGGACAACCAAGAAUUCCAAUUAGCGGAAAGUGUUGCCAUAUUAAGAUAUUUAAUAGAAUGUAAUAAAAUAUCUAUGCAUUUCUAUCCAAUGGAUUUAAAACAACGGGCCAAAGUAGAUGAAUUUUUGGAAUGGCAACAUACAACCAUUAGAACUUCAUGUUCUUUAUAUUUCCGGUUCUUAUGGGCCCAAGAAAAAUUACUUGGUGCUCCAGCACCUGCAGAAAAGGUAGCAAAAUACCGUAUACUAAUGGAAAAGGAUUUAGAGCUAAUGGAAAAUAUUUGGCUUAAAGAAAGCAGAUUUUUGGUGGGAAAUUCCCUCACAGCAGCCGACGUUUUUGGUGCUUGUGAAAUUGAACAAAUAAGAUGUACAGGUUAUGAAAUCAAAGCAAAGUAUCCCAAAAUAUAUGCAUGGAUUGAAAAUGUUCGUAGAGAAUUGAAACCGAAUUUUGACGAAGCUCAUCACUUGGUUUAUUAUAUUGAAAAGGAAACAAAAUCGAACCAGUGAAAGCAAUUAAUUGUAAAUUUCUCUCUCUAUAAUAUAAUAAGCCCCUUCCACACUAUCAGUGCUUUUGGAAUUAAACUUAAAGUUAAAAAAAAAUUACAACACAAUUAUAUUUUAAUUUCAUAAGUAUUUUUUAUAUAUUACGUAUAAUUAAAGAGAAUUUAUAAAAAUAAAGUUAACAAUAAAACUUAUGAGACAAAGAAUAA